UCCUCUCCUCUAUCUUCUCCCUCUUUUUCUCUUAGCAGAUGCAGAAACAAAUUUUCUCUUACCCUUUCAAAAUUUCCUCUGCAUCUGCAAUUUCUUCCUUUCUUCAUCUCUCUCCACCAACCAACCCAUCUUAAAUCCACCAUCAUAAUUCUAAUUUUAUUGGAUAUUAUAUCAAAAAAUUUAUAUAAAAAAUGCCUCAAUUAGAGGAUGAGCUAUUCCCAUCAACACCAGGCAAAUUCAAGGUAGAUCAAAGAGGUGCACACUAUUUCAUGAACCGUCAAAUCCACCGAUGUUUCGCAUCAACAAGCACCAUGUUUUUAUGGGCUUUAUUCUUAAUCGCAUUAACAGCAUCAUAUCUAAGUUUCCAAAGUUUCGUCGACACAAGCAGCAAAUACUUCACCGCUUCAUGGGGAGGUAUUCAAUGGGAGAAACAAGUACGUACAUCAGCACAGAUCCAUCGAUCUGGUGGUAUGUCCGUACUUGUAACCGGUGCAGCCGGUUUCGUCGGGUCCCACGUCUCUCUCGCUUUAAAAAAACGAGGAGAUGGAGUCGUUGGUCUUGACAAUUUCAACAACUAUUACGACCCAUCAUUAAAACGAGCUCGUAAAAAUCUCUUAGAAUCACACGGUAUAACAAUUCUUGAAGCAGACAUAAACGAUGUCAAGAUUCUUGCUAAAUUAUUCGACACGGUUGCAUUUACUCAUGUAAUGCAUCUGGCUGCACAAGCUGGUGUACGUUACGCAAUUGAAAAUCCAAUGUCGUACAUUCAUAGUAACAUUGCUGGGUUAGUCGCCUUGCUAGAAAUUAGCAAGGCGGCUAACCCACAGCCCAGUAUUGUAUGGGCUUCAUCAAGUUCUGUAUAUGGGCUUAACGAAAAAAGCCCAUUUUCAGAACUUGAUAGAACAGAUCAACCUGCUUCUCUUUACGCCGCAACAAAAAAAGCUGGUGAAGAGAUUACUCAUACAUACAAUCAUAUUUAUGGGCUUUCAAUUACUGGGCUUCGUUUCUUUACUGUUUACGGCCCAUGGGGAAGGCCCGAUAUGGCGUACUUUUCUUUUACAAGAAAUAUCCUUCAAGGAAAACCUAUUACUAUUUACAGAGGGAAAAAUAAGGUGGAUUUAGCAAGAGAUUUUACUUACAUAGACGACGUCGUUAAAGGGUGUUUAGGUGCGUUGGAUUCUUCAGGGAAGAGUACCGGAAGUGGCGGUAAAAAACGUGGGCCAGCACCGUAUAGAAUUUACAAUUUGGGGAAUACUCAACCGGUAACUGUACCGACACUUGUCAGUAUACUUGAGAAGAGUUUAAAAGUAAAAGCUAAAAAGAAUGUGGUUGAAAUGCCUGGAAACGGCGACGUUCCGUUUACUCAUGCUAAUAUUAGUUUGGCCCGAAGAGAUUUCGGGUAUAAGCCCACUACUGAUUUACAAACCGGGUUGAAAAAGUUUGUUAGGUGGUAUCUAUCUUAUUACGGCUAUAAUAACGGAAAGCCUGUAAAUUGAUUUUUUUUUUUUUUUUUUUGGGAAGUAAAUUUUUUUUGGUAAUUUUUACAGAUUUUGUUGGGAUUAAUUUACUGUUUUUUUUUUCAUCCCCUUAUUUUCUAGGGGUUGAAAAAUAUGUGGGAUUCUUUUUCCAAAUGGGAAAAAGAAAAAAAAAAUUGGGUAGUUUAAAUUUCUAUUUUGAUGAAUUUAAAUCUGUAAAGAAGAAAUUAAUUAUUAGUUGCCACCA